CUUGAGGUGUCGCAUCGCGAGACGGCGAGGCUGUGGGUGACGUCAACCGUCGUUUCUGAGUACUUUCUCCGGUUUCAGAGAGGACUUAAUGUGAAAAUGCCUCAGGAAGACUCAUCAUCAUCUGCAGCUGCUGCUGCCUCUCAGAAACAAGAACAACUUAAAAACGGAAAGUUGCUGGUUUUCUCUGUGGCUGCAGACCAUCACAACAAUGACUUGACUAAAGCCCCAACAACUCUGUCUAGUUUUGCCAGUAACAUGCUUGGCACUGGCUCUGUCAAGAAGUUGGCAAUCAAAAACUUUAAAGAUAAACCCCUGCCACUGGAAAACUACACUGAAGAAACAUGGCAAAAGUUAAAAGAAGCUGUACAGGCUAUCCAGAAUAGUAUCUCUGUUAAAUACAGCUUGGAAGAACUCUAUCAGAGCAUGAUUAGGAACAUUUUUCUGUUCCUAGAUAGAACUUAUGCGUUUCAAAUUUUGAUGUUGUCUUCAAUUUGGGAUAUGGGCCUUGAAUUAUUUAAAUCAUAUAUAAUUUGUGAUCAGAAUGUUCGUAGCAGGACCAUAGAUGGAAUUCUUGUGUUGAUUGCGAAAGAAAGAAAUGGCGAAAUGGUUGAUCGAUGUCUGAUUCAAAGGCUUGUAACUAUGCUUUCUGAUUUGCGGAUUUACCAAGAAUCUUUUGAGAGUAAAUUCUUAGAAGAAACAAGCAGGUUCUAUGCAGCAGAGGGAAGGAAGCUAGCGCAAAAAAAAGAGAUUCCUGGGUGUCUUUACCACAUCAAGAAGCUCCUAGAAGGAGAAGUAGACAGAGUUAGAACCUACCUAUGCCUUAACACACAGAAACAACUGAUCACUCUGCUAGAAAAGCAGCUUCUAGGUGAACACUUAUCAGCAGUUCUUCAGAAAGGCUUAAGCUUUCUUCUUGAUGAAAAUAGAAUUGAGGAUUUGUCUUUAGUCUACCAAGUAUUCAGUAGGAUAGAAUGUGGCUUUCAAGUUCUUCUCCAGCAUUGGAUUGAGUAUAUCAAGGUAUUUAUUUAAAG